AUGAACGCACUCCCGUUCGAGCUCAUUGAACGCAUUCUCGCAUCCGCCCUUCCGCCCGCGCCGUUCGCCGUUGAAACUGUCACCUCAUCAGCCGUCUCAAACAACCCGCUCGCCUGCUGGACGAACUGGAAGGAACGGCGCACGACGCUCUGUGCGAUAUCUCUCGUCUGCCAGGACUGGCGGGGGUGGGCGCAGCGCGAGCUUUGGCGCCACAUUCUCGUCGAGGACGACGACGAGGCACUCGCGCUCCUACGAGCGGCUGCACUGCUGGAGCGAGCAGGACGACCUCCCGCAGGAUUGACGGAAAUCCUCAGAUGCGGCUGUCCGUACUACGUCGGGCGAGUACCUAUGUCACGCCUCGGAGACGUCCUUGCAGCUCUCCAGCCUCCGGAGCGUGGCACAGGCGAGGGCAUCAAGGAGCUGUGGCUCAGAGCUGUUGUUCUUGAGGGGUUUGGCUGGGCCGAGCAUCUCAAAAACCUGCGGACGCUCUUCUGCGAGAACAUCCGCAUCCAUGCCCCGGCUUUGGCUCAACAAUCAGCCCCUUCUCAAGCUCCGCUCCGGCUACCCCUCCUUCGCACCCUCGUCUUCGUCCUUUCCACCGUCUCCACGGUCGCCACCCCCUUCAGCAAUCAACCCUUUCCCUCACUCGAACUUCUCGACUACAACAACUUUGGCAAGCUCAAGAGAUUCUUCGAUUGCCAACCCAGCGACUUCUCAAAGCUGAGGGCCUUGAUGCCGGGCCGACACACGCCUGUCGAAUACUUCCGAGCGACGAACAGACCUGAGGUCGACGGCAACGUCUCGCGUGAUUGGUCUCGCCGAUUCAUCGACUCCUCGACCCUCAUGCCCAUGGGCCUACGAACAGACGCACUCCUCAGUCUCUGGCUUCACGCCGACAUGUUCCGGCAAUUCGAUUCCUACGCCGCCGAACUACCGCCCGACAUCCGCGAGAUGACCUGGGUCGUCGACUCCGUCUACCGAGACAUUGACCGUGACGACCUCGAAGCCGUCAUCAAGAACGAGCAUUUCCGGCGGAUUCUCGCGCGACGCUCUUCCCUUGGUUGGGCGUCGGACCCUUUUCGGCCAGGCAUCGUCGACAUCUCUGUCACCUCGAGGUCAUUCAAGACAGAUCUUCUUGUCCGAUGGCCCGACCUCUCGCGAUACCUCAACGACCUGCUCAAAGAACGGGAUGUCUCGCUGGACCUCACCCGCUCCGAGUCGCUCCAGCAGGAGUGCCCGGACGACUACUCGAUGGACCUUGCGUUCCUAUACGACGCUGAGCGUGUCUUGAAGAGUACGGAGUUCUGGCUCAGCCCCGAGACUAUUGCGAUUGUCACCCAGCAGCGGCGGGAGCUCCGCAGGUGCGAGCAGAUGCGCCAAGCGGGACUUGACCCGUGGGUUGAAGCGACGACAGAGAAGAUGUGA